AUGGACAGUCCAGGUGUGAACAUCGUAAGAUUCUCAAGAGGCGCUGCAAUUACAGUUAAUAGUUUGGGUUUGAAAGUGCAAUAUGAUGGCGUAUAUAACCUUUAUGUCCGAGUUUCAAGUGCAUUUCGCGGAAAAACAGAGGGCCUUUGUGGAAGCACUGAAGGCAACCGUAACGUUCUUAAAAAACGUGACGGUAAAAAAACCCGAAAUGUUCAGGAAUUUGCUAACUCCUGGAGAACUGAAAGCUUGUGCGAGGCUCCGCCUCCUAUGCGAAAUCCUUGCGACAGCGCAAGCAAAGCAAUAGUGCGAGAGGCAAAAAAUAAAUGUGCUUUACUGCGGCGGCAUCCCUUUUCGGAAUGCCAUCACAAAGUAGAUAAUAUCAAUGGUUUUAUUCACGAUUGUGAGUAUGAUGUAUGCGGUUGCAAGGAGCACCCUUCAGCAUGCCUAUGUGAAGAAUACGCUGCCUACGCCACCUCUUGUCAGCUUGCAGGAGUCAACAUCCAGUGGAGACAUCUUCGUCAUUUCCGUCAUUGCAACUCUCCAUGUGCCUACGCGCCAUGUUUAAAUGGGGGCACUUGCACUAACAAAGGAAGAGAUCAUUUUGAAUGUGAAUGUCCUAAAGGUUACAACGGUACCCGGUGCGAAAUUGGAGGUGUAGCGAUAUCGAAGCACGGCACAAGAACUAUUGAACUUCGGACCAAUUUUGGUCUUACAGUAGAAUAUGAUGGCGUGUAUAAUGUUUUCGUCAUGGUAUCUACUCGAUUCAAAGGAAAGACGGUGGGACUUUGCGGAAACUUCAAUGGUAACGCUAAGGAUGACUUCACAGAUUCUAACUCCCGACGCAGCAGUAACAUCCUUCAAUUUGCCGAUUCUUGGAAAGUAGACAAUAGUUGUCCUAAUACCAAACCGCAACCAGACCCAUGUGCUCUUGCAAGCUCCUUUGCACAGGAGGCAAAGAAAAAAUGCCAGUUACUAAAACAAAAACCAUUUGAACAAUGCCACAAAUCGGCAGAAGAGAUUUCACGCUUCAUCAAGAAUUGUGAAUUUGAUGUUUGUGCUUGUAAUAAUCAUCCAGCCUCUUGCCUGUGUGAAGUAUUUGCUGCAUUUGCAACUUCUUGUUCGCAAGGUGGAGUUUCCAUCACCUGGAGAAAUCUUCCUGAAUUUGCGCAGUGCAGGGCGCCGUGUGCAUCUGGUCCAUGCAGAAAUGGGGCUACAUGUACAAAUUUCGGCCACGAUUAUGAAUGCAAAUGCGCUUCUGGGUACGGUGGAAAACAAUGUGAAUUAAGAAGAUGCGAAUAUUCUAGAAAAUUGGGAAUGGAAAGUAAAAAGAUCACAGACUUACAAAUAACAGCAUCUUCAGAAAACAAUCACAACAGGCGUGCUUCCAAUGCUCGCAUAAAUGCAGCUAAAACACCUUAUGCAUGGGAACCAGGGAGGGCAGACCAAAAGCAAUGGGUGCAGGUUGAUUUCAAAUUCCGUGCAACAAUUACUGAUAUUUUGACUCAAGGAGAUGUUAGAAUCAAUAAGUUUGUGCGAAGCUACACUGUUUCGUACUCCAAUGAUCGUUUCAGAUUUAAACCUUACCGAGUGGGUGGGAAAGUUAAGAUAUUUCAGGCUAACAUUGACCAUAGAUGCAUUGUUAGACGCACACUUAACCCAGUUAUCAUCGCUCGGUACAUCCGAAUCCAUCCUAAAUCAUGGUAUGGUUAUAUUACUAUGCGACUUGAAUUCAUGGGCUGCUUCCAAGACCAACCAUGUGCAAAUGAGCCAUGCCAACAUGAAGGACAAUGUACUAACUCCGAAGGAAAAGCCGUUUGCUCAUGUCUCAACGGAUAUUAUGGCGGGAGAUGUGGACAAAAAGAAUGCAAGAAGCCAGCACGUCUUGGUAUGGAAAAUGGCAAAAUAUUGGACACGCAAAUAUCAGCUUCGUCGGAACUUAAUAAUAGGCGGGCAGCAUAUGCCAGACUGAACCUCAACGGUCGAGGAAACAAAAUUGUUGCCUGGUCUCCAAGAACUACUUCUGGAGAAUGGCUCCAAGUGAAUUUCGGAGGUCGAGCUAUUGUGACUGAGAUCUUAACCCAAGGAGCCAGUAAUCGCAACUGGUUUGUUAAAAGCUAUUUCGUUUCUUACAGCAAAGACGGUGUAGCUUUCACUAUCUACCAUAUUAAAGGGCGUAAAAAGUUUUUUAGAGGAAAUACAAAUCAUCGCAUCAUUUCUCGUCAAAGCGUUUCUCCUGUCAUCGUCACCCAGUACAUACGCAUCCACCCGAUGCGCUAUUCAAGUGCCGUUGCUAUGAGGGUUGAUUUCUCCGGCUGCCUAAAAGAGUGGCCAUGUCAACCACGACCGUGUCAUAAUGGUGGCACAUGUUUCGAUUUCCACGCUGAUUACCGCUGUUCUUGUGGCAAUGGCUGGGCAGGAAAGAACUGUGAUGUUAAAAUUGCAAAUUGCAAGCCACGCAGAUAAGGAAAGUGCCAUAUUUCAAGGAAGCAUUAAAAGUAUACACAAUAGAGCAAUAA